UUGGCCAAAAUAAAAAGUUGUUUUGGAAAAAAUGUUACACUAAAUUUUAAAUAAAAUUGAACAAUAAAAGUAAAUUAAUAAUGUUUUACGAUGGAUAAAAGCAAAGCAGAACUUGAAUCACUAGUUAAAUCUCAAAAAGAACAAUUAUCACGAUAUGAAGCCAGAUUAAAAGAUGUUGUAACGGCUUAUAAAGGCCUUUUAAAAGAAAAAGAAGCCUUAGAAUUAAGCCUUUCUGCAUUAAAUAAAGCUAAAGAAUCUCCUGCAUUCGAUAAUAAUGAAGCUGCCGACAACAUAUCUGUUUCAAGUGACACAUCAACUGAAAAUGCGCUAAAUAAAGGUGAAAAAUCAAAUUUGGAAAGUCCAUUGAGAAAGGUUUCGCAAGUGGAUUUGCAAAGUCAAAUUGCUACUUUAAUGCAUUCAUUAGCAACAUUAUCUGCUGAAAAAUCCCGGAUGGAAGCUUCUUUUCAAGCGGAUAAAAAGAAACUACGUUCAGAAUUGAGUAAAAAAGAUGAAUUAAAUUCAAGAUUGGAAGAAAAAGUUAAAGAGUUAGAGAAAAAGAUAAUUACAGAUAAAGAUAACAUGAAAUCAAAAAUAAUUGUUGAAAGACAUGAACGAGAAAAAGAAUCCAACGAUCAUAUGGUUAUGUUGAGAGAAUUACAAAAGUUAUUGAGUGAUGAACGACAUUUAAAAGAGAAUUUGGAAAUGCAACUUAAUAAUUUGAAAGCAGAAAUUUCAUCAAACUUCGGUUAUAAUUCCGGGAAUAAACUAAAAGAAUUAGCUAACGAGUUAAAACAAGCCAAAGAACAAUUGAAAAAAUACGAAGAAAAUGAUAUCGGACAAAAGUCAUUCCAAGAAAACACCAUUAUUAUGCAACAAUUACAAAAAGAAAUGCAGCAUUUAAAACAGCAACACGCCACUGCCAUUAAAGCUGAACAGAAAAGGGCUUUGUUGGCAGAAGAACAUUCCAAAAGAUUAUCAGCUUUACAUGAAGAUCGUGUAGCAAAUUUGGAAGCAAGAUUGGCAGAACUUUCUAAUACUGUUGGAACAUAUGAUCGCUUAAGACAACAGGAUCAGGAAAACAUUCAAAAAUUGAAGGAAAAAAUUUCCAAAUUUGGUACAAGUUCUAUAGACUCUACAGAUCAAGGACCUGACCCUUCGAUCUUACGAAAACGUGAUGCACAAUCGAUUUUCGAUGAAAUUAUGAAAUUGAAAAAAGUUCUUAUAAUAGAAAACGCAAAAUCCCAAAAUCCAGUUGAUUUGAACAAAAUUUUUAAUUCGGCAGGUAAUGAUCACUCACAGUGCCUUGAAGAUUAUCGUAAAAUUCGGGAAGAAUUAGAACAUUUUAAAGCAGAAAAUUCAACUUUGAUACAGGUUUCAAAUGGUCAGAAACAAAAUAUUAAAACUCUGCAGGAAAAAAUUACAGUUCUCAACCAAAAUAUUGAAGAACAGGAGAAUGAUUUAAAAUUACAGAAUGAACGACUGAUUCAGGCCGUCAAAACAGAAAAAUCGAAAUGGAAAAUAAGCUUGACGACCGCGGAAAACGAAUACCGUAGUAAAAUAAGUGAACUAGAGCAACAACUUCAAAAGCAAAGAGUUAGAUCGUUACAGCUACUGGAUGAAAAAGAAAAUGAAAUUAAAGCUUUAAAAACUUCAUUUGAAUUAAUUGUAAAACAAAGUUCUAGUUCAACUGAUUUUGAUCCAUAUGAAAGUUGUGGCGCAACUUCAACAACAUCAACAGCUGCUGCACAUGUUCAAAAUAUUUUGAGCUCUCAGUCUGCAGUUUCAGCUGCAACAGCAGCUAAUCCAAAUUUAAAUUUAGAAAAUUGUCACAUGCUUCAUUAUGCAAAUGAGAUAGCAAGAAAAGAUGUUGAAAUUGCAGGUUUGCGUAAAGCAAAAUAUUCUGCUGAAACCGCCUUGCGGCAAGCUUUGCAAGACAAAGUCACGACACAAGAAGAACUGCAUGAUAAAAUUUCUGCUUUAGAAAUUGAAGUAGAUAGAUUGGAAAGAUGUAAAACUCGAGAGGGUGCUAAUUUAGAAUAUUUGAAAAAUGUUUUUAUUAGUUUCUUAUCAACAUCCAGCCAAGAUGGCAAACGUCAUAUGAUCAAUGCUAUUUCGACUAUUUUGCAAUUUACGCCUGCCGAAUCUGAAGCUAUUAACUCCAUACUUUUUAACAAAAGAACUCAAAUUUCUAGACGCAUUAGCUUAAGUAAAUGACAAGGAAACACCACAAUACAAUUUGUCACACAUAUGCCAAGAGUAUUAUAACACUAAAAAUUUUAACAAAAAAUUGAAAAAAAUGGAAAAAAAUAAAGAAAUAUAAUAUAUACAUACGAUUGACGACAUAAC